AUGUAUCUUCCUUUAUCGAAAUAUAAUUCUAUUGUUAAAGAUGCCACUACCAUGCUGUGCAAGGGUCAAGUGACAACCAAAUAUUAUAGAUUUCCAAUCAAAACUGGAGGUUGGGUGUGGAUGCAAAGUUAUGCAACCAUAGUGCACAAUUCGAGAUCAUCGAGGCCACUUUGCGUUGUUUCAGUUAAUUAUGUCUUAAGUGGUCAAGAAGCAAAAGACCUAAUACUUUCAACAGAACAAGGACCAGCACGAUCAGUCACAGAACAGGCUGCAGUAUCAACGCCCGUGGCAACGAUAACAAAAAGCAAUCCUGUCCAACUUGCACAACUUCAUCCUAGUAGCCACGAAACAGUAACAAGUAACCAUCCGGUUAUUCAACAACCACAACAAACAACUCCGCCUAUGCAACACCACGGUGCCUCACAUCAUCAUGAACCAACGCCUAUCCUUCACCAUCAACCACCAGUAGUUGGUCACCAUAGUGGAGAACAUUUACAUCACAGUGGAUAUAGGGAAAAUUCGUACCAUGAUCAUGGUCCACAUGAAUAUCAGUAUUUGCAACAUUUACAACCGCACGAUCAGCAAGUCUACGACGACAGCAGUUCUUCAGCAAAUUUCUGUGCAUACCCCGAUCACAUGUUCUACGGUUACGAAACAGCAGAUCCAACCCAUUCCCAUACCCAUUUGCAACCAAUUACCGAAAGGCCCUUUUCGGUUUCAAGUAACUCCUGCAGUAGUACAGAAAGUGAAGUCAACAAUAUGGUGAUCUAUGAAGCAGCCAGAGCAAACAACCAUGUUUUACACGAUUUUCAAAAUUACCAGCAUCUCCAACCUGUUACGCAACACCAGCAUCAUCAGCCUGUUGUGGUAGGAGCAGGUGUUGUAAAUAACACUUCACCUGGUCAUGUUCCUUAUAAAGGGGUGAUAGUUGAUGCUCAGCAGUAUCAUCAGUUAACUAAUGAGUAUGUUCGCUGA